CUUGUUGAAUUAAUUUUAGCUAAAGAUGUCGUCUCGUAAAACUGCUGGACGUCGUGCAACGACAAAGAAGCGUGCUCAGCGUGCAACUUCCAAUGUUUUUGCCAUGUUUGACCAAGCACAGAUUGCGGAAUUUAAAGAGGCCUUCAAUAUGAUUGAUCAUAAUCAUGACGGCUUCAUCGACAAAGAGGAUCUGCACGAUAUGCUUGCAUCGUUGGGUAAAAAUCCUACUGAUGAGUAUUUGGAGGCUAUGAUGAACGAAGCUCCAGGGCCCAUAAAUUUCACCAUGUUCUUAACACUUUUUGGAGAAAGACUACAAGGCACGGAUCCGGAAGAUGUAAUUAAAAAUGCUUUUGGCUGCUUUGACGAAGAAAAUACAGGUCACAUCAACGAAGAACGCCUCAGAGAACUGCUGACCACUAUGGGAGAUCGAUUUACCGACGACGAUGUUGACGAAAUGUAUCGUGAAGCACCAAUAAAAAAUACUAUGUUCGAUUAUCUUGAGUUUACAAGGAUUUUGAAACAUGGUGCGAAGGACAAGGAUGAACAGUGAAAAGAAAUUAUUUUUUCUAGCUUAGAGAAUGCAAAUAUUAUAAAUCUCCUCUAACUUCAUCUAUAAAAUGGUUUCGAAGAGUUAAAGAGCACUUUUAUUCACCAAUGAGAGAUAGAAAAACCUUUGUCAAGCUAUAUAGCUAACCUAUAUUCGCAUACAUUUUCUUACCACAGGCAAUUAUUUUGCAUUUUUACAUAAUAUAUGAUAUACUUUAAUUUUUCUUCAAUCGCAAACAAUGGAUGAUUAUUUUAAAAGUGCCUAUUCAUUGUAACGGUCGUGACAAGUAUUUUAUAAGUAUUAGCAUUAUUGGCGUUCGAAUUUGGAUUGUAAUAUACACAUUCAUUUAUUCAAGUG